GUUGACUGUGAGAGGAAUAAGAAAUGUAAGAAAUAUGUAAACUGAAGCGGUGAGAAGAAAAAAAGGAAGAGAUUCUCUGAUUUCGAACUUCUUAUUUUGACGCCCGAGCGAGAACAGCCGUAGAUAAAUGUCCUCCAAGUAAUUUGAUGUCAGAGAAGAAUCGUCUCUACCGCGGCGUAAUUUAUUCACACUUAAAUGCCACAAAGCUAACCUCUCGAGCUGGUCACGUGUCCGUAGGUUGAACGCUGUUGUUCUCACUCACCUCCGAGUUGUUGAUGCUUUUGAUGGUCAGGACGAAUCAGCAGAAAGACAAUCGCAAUGGCUUCUGAGGAUCAAUUACCGCUCACCCUACCAGACACCCAAAAUGCCGACAUCUUAACCCCGCAAAGCCAGGAACAGGAACCACGAUCCCAAGGUUCCCAGAAGAUAUGGGGGAUGCUUUAUCCGAGCAGUGACAGGCUGCAGAGAAUUGAAAUGACUAUGAAUGAGUACACUUUAGGCCGUGCAGCACAUUGCGACAUAUGCCUGACGGAACAACAUCUUGACAAUAAAAAAUGGUGGGGUGUUAUUAGCAAGCUGCACUUUCGAAUAACGAGGGUAAUUGUGAGCCCUGCGACGAAUGACAUAGUGGUUUACCUGGAGGACACCAGUCACAACGGUACCUUUGUUAAUAAGAUUCUUGUGGGAAAAGGAAAACGAAUUAUUCUAGAACACGGUGAUGUAAUCGGGCUGGCUCAGGCUGAGAAAAAAGUUUAUACUUUUAUGAAUAUCAGCGGAUCAGAGAACAGUAUCCUUCCUCCAGAAUUAAAAUGCAAGUACGCUGUAUCAAGAACUCUUGGUUCUGGUGUGUGCGGUGAGGUGAAAAUGAUCUAUACUAAAGUUGGGUGCAAAAAGUUUGCGCUUAAGACUAUCGCUAAGAAUAACUUUCAUGGCUGUGAUGGAGGGAAUCCGUUUAACGAUCCAGGGAAGAUCCUCAAUGAGGUUCACAUACUCAAAGCCUUGAGGCAUCCUUGCAUAAUAAGGAUGGAAGAAAUCCUAGACACUCCGUCGUCUGUUUACAUCGUACUUGAGCUGAUGGAGGGUGGUGAACUAUUUGAUAGGAUUCGUAAAGAACGUUCUGGGUUGAGCGAAAGAAUUGCCAAAGUAAUAUUCUACCAGGUAGUUCUUGCCGUUCACUAUUUACACCAACGUGGGAUAACCCACAGAGACUUGAAGCCAGAAAAUAUUCUGUUGGCUACUAACGCUGAAAUAACACUGGUUAAAGUGACAGAUUUCGGUCUGUCAAAGCUGGUCGACACUCAGACUAUGAUGCGCACUUUUUGUGGCACUCCACUGUAUGUCGCUCCUGAAGUAUUAUUGACGCACGGAAAAGGGUCAUACACAAGCCAGGUGGACGUAUGGAGUCUGGGUGUAAUUCUGUACUGUUGUUUAAGUGGGCUGGUACCAUUCGUCAGCAAUGCCAAAGAUGUAUCAUUGCAGCAGCAAAUUGUUCAAGGAAUUUACUCAUUUCCGAAAGAGCGGUUCAAGAAGGUCUCCUUGCGUGCCAUCGACCUCAUUCAGCGUAUGCUGACUGUAGAUCCGAAUAAACGUAUCACCAUUCAGGAUGUCGUACGCCAUCCAUGGCUGCUCGACAGGGAAGUGAGAAGCAUUGUUAGCGAACUGAUGAACGAAAAUGACGAAUACAAUGAAAAUCUUGUACCGUUUUCUGUGCCAUCGACUUCAGGGACUGCAUCAGCGGUUGUACACGCGUCUAGGCUUAAGGCUACAGCAGUUGCCAGACGACGUAGAAUAGAACCACCGACCGCUGCACUGAAAAGGGCGCGUGUAGAGUGACUGAGUACCUUGUUCGAAAUACUUAAUAAUUAAACUUACAUGACAGAUCAACGUGCGGCUGCCAUGGUAGGUCGUUGCGCGAAGUAAUGAUGCUUUAGGAAUUUUUCGUUUCACCUAUUAAGUUUCUUCGUUUAUGUGUAGUUAUCGAAUGACCAGUGAUCAGGGUAUCAAAAAGGUGCAACUUUUUUUCUAUAUCGCGUUACUAAUCCCAAAAAGGCAUAUCA